UAUGCCUGUCUGAGCAUCACAUUGUGUCUGAUAUGGAAAAGGUUAUAAACUAGCUGCACAUAUAAGUAGAGAGAAUAAGGUGAGAGGAGGAGUUGGCAUAUAUGUCAAAAGUAAUCACUGUGUAAAAAGCUUAGAUACAAAAAGUUUUGGUUAGAGCAACAUAUAGAAGCAUGUGCCUGUCAACUUAAACUAAAGGAGGGCUCUUUUAUAAUUGUAACAGUAUAUAGGUCCCCUUCAGGAAACUUUCAUUUAUUCCUGGAAAAUUUGGAUGCCUUGUUGUGCUAUCUGUCAGCUAGGGGAAAGCAAAUUAUUAUUUGAUUCACUGAAAGAGUGUAAUAGGAAGAAUGACCUGGAAGUCUUGCUCGGUUCUUUCAGUUUGACAUCUGUCAAUAAUUUUUCUACUCGGGUAGGAAAUGACAGCAGCACAUUGAUGGAUAACACUUUUAUAGACCAAGAUUAGUUUAAAAACAUAAAUUCUUGUCCUGUUGAGAAUUGCCUUUCUGAUCAUGGUGCUGAGCUAGAUUAGAUUAGAUUAGAUAAGUUUUUUAGCUGAAAUAACAAUACUAAUACUAUGAGUAUAUACAAUACAUCAUUUGUUUCUAUUAAAAAACGAUUCAUCAAUUGAGUAGAAGGAGUUGGCCACUAGUAAGUCUUUCAGGUGCCUUUUAAACUGAUCUUUAUUUGUAACCAAAUUUUGUAUGUUUGCUGGCAAAUGACUGAAGAUGAGUGUUCCUGAGCAGUGGACCCCUUUUUGAACUAAAUAAGUGCUUUUAAGCCCUUGUGCAGAUCAUUUUUGUUCCCGGUAUUGUAUGUAUGAACUGAGUUGUUUGUUGGAAAAAGAGAUAUAUUAUUUAGGACAAAUUUCAUUAAGGAGUAAAUAUACUGAGAGGCAGUAGUUAGUAUGCCCAGUUCUUUGAAGAGGUUUCUACUGGAUGUCCGUUAGUUUACUCUGCAAAUAAUACAUAUUACACACUUUUUGACUCUGAAAACUUUUGUUUGACUUAAAGAGUUACCCCAAAAUAUUAUACCAUCUGACAUUAUGGAAUGAAAGUAGGCAAAGUAUGCAAGCUUUUUUAUUUUUUUUGUUGCCUAUGUCUGCUAACACUCAAAUUGCAAAUACAGAUUUGUUAAGGUGUUUCUGCAGUUCUGUGGUGUGCUCCUCCCAACUGAUUUUAUUAUCAAGUUGUAAUCCCAGGAAUUUAAGAUUGUCAACCUGUUCUAUCUGCUCCUCUGGGUGGAAACCUCUUACUGGUUCCGAAUUGCAUAUGGUUAGAAUUAUAUCUGCUGGAGAGGGGAAAUGUCGAGGAGAACUUACCAUUGCAGAGGAACAUCAGAAUCCACUAGGAACUAUGCAUGGUGGAUUCAUAGCAACAUUGGUUGACCAGAUUUCCAUGUUUGCUCUUCAGACACAUGAAAAUAGACCUAAAGCUGUUUCUGUGAAUAUAAAUGUGAGUUACUUCAAGCCAGCAACAACAGGUGACGAAGUCAUAAUAGAUGCAAGAACAAUUCGUGCAGGAAAGAAAAUGGCAUUCUUAGAGGUUGAUCUUAUAAAGAAAAAAACAGGAGAAUUACUUGUAAGAGGUUCACAUGCAGUAUUUAUUGUUUCACAGAAAACCAUUUCAUAGAUUUUUUUCAGUAUUUCAUAUUGCAUUAAAAUACUGAAAUUAUUUUUGAUGUUCCUAGAUGUAUGAUGUAAAUUCUGACAGAAUUGUGUAAGAUAGCUGUACUUUUUAGUUUUAUUUUAGUGUGCACCACAGAGCAUCACAGACAGAGAUCUACUGCUGUGUUAUAUUUAUGAAUGUUGAAGUAUACUGUAUUGUUGUUACACUUUUCUGUGCCAUUGUAUGUAUGUUUUAAAAAGUAUGAUGGAGAAAAAUAUUGUUUGCUAUAUUAGUUGGUUCUAAACAGUAUACCUUGGUUGGUUAGUAAAGAAAUACUGUAUC